AAUCCCCUGGUCCGAUAUCAAUUUACUUCCCAUUGGCCCUUUAUUACUUAUGUGGAGUGGCCUAAAUCAGAAAAUUAAUUGGGGAGGCCCAAAUCUCCUCCUACUCCACCUCGUCGCUGCCCCCUUCUUCUUUAACCAUUCUUUCCCCCAAAUUAAGAAUUGAAGACAAAACCCUAGCCCUUCUCUCCUCUUCCUCGGCGCAAAUCUCCGCUCCACCGGCCGACGGAGCGUCUCCUGCCCUAGUCCUCGUCAUCCUCGGUCGCCGGCGUCUCGUAUUGGCGGAAGUUCCGCCGUCGCCAUUCUGCUGCAGAGAGCGACUCCAAACGGAGACGGUCGCAGCGGCGUUCCCUCCGUCGCCGGUGGCCUCCCACGACGUCUUCCUCUCUACUUCUCUCAAAUUCUUCCCCCCUCAUAACUCUCUUUCUUUUCUCGAGAAUCUGCCGCCGCCACCGUGGGGGUUCAGCCAUCGCCAUCCGUGUACACUCAGGCGGCGGAUCUCCGGCCUUCUCACGACUCAUACAACCGCCCUUUCCCAACGCCUCUACGGCCACUGCCUCCUUGCUCCCGAGAGGUAAGGAUGUGUUAUUCCAAUUUGCAACGCUGAGUUGAGGCCUUAUGAAGGUCAAAAAUUUUCUUCACUUGAGGAGGGAAUUUCCUUUUAUGAAAAGUAUGCUCAAGAGGCUUAUUUUGAUUGUCGAAGAUUUGGAAAUAUGUCUAGUGGUGGUGUUAUUACUUUUCAGUAUGUUAUUUGCAACAGACAAGGUUUUCAUACAGUUGAUCCGUUGGAUGUCGAUGUAAGUAUAUCUGAGGAUGUGAACGUGUCAGAUGAUGAUAAAGUAACUUCAAAGAAGAAACAUAGACGUGGCACAAAAAGGUGUGGAUGUGGAGCAAGGAUCGAUUUCAAGUUUUUUUUUCUGAUUGUCGUGUUAAAUAUUAUCUUGUGCAUCAAUUCAUUGAAGAACACAAUCAUGCUAUGGUUGACAAAGAUCAUAUCGAUUUAUGAAAGGAAAUCGCAGUAUGAAUGAUGUUCAUCACAAGUUUGUUGAAGAUUGCACCAAAGCUAACAUCGGUCCUACUUCAACUUUCAACUUAUUAAAGGAGUUUUUGGGUGGUUAUGAUGUUGUUGGGUGUAUGUUGAAUGAUGUUGUUGGGUGUACGUUGAAUGAUGUUAGGAAUUGUUCUCGUGAUAUUAAAGAGAAACUGAAAGAAGUCGAUGUUCAAAUGACCCUAAAUCAGAUGCAAGAGAAGAAGAGAAUUUGUGAAGGUUUUUUUACAAAUAUCAAUUAUCACUUGAUGAUAAUAAGUUAGUGAGCUUAUUUUGGUCUGAUACUGAGUCUCGGAAACAUUACCAUAUGUUUGGAGAUGUUGUAGCAUUUGAUACAACAUAUUCGACAAACAGGUAUCGUAUGGUGUUUGAUCUAUUUACCGGGAAAGACAAUCACAUGUGUCCUAUUGCAUUUGGAGCUGGUUUCGUAUCCAGUGAGAAUUGUGAUGCAUUCUCAUGGCUUUUCACUGUGUUUGUUGAAUGCAUGGGUGUUGCUCCAAGGAUCAUAAUUACAUACCAAGAUUGGAGAAUGAGGCUUGCAUUUGAGAAGGUAUUAUCUAGUACAAGGCAUCGCUUGUGCAUGUGGCAUAUUAUGAGCAAGUUGUUUGAGAAAAUACUUAAAUCUUUUUCUGAUAGAGAAAAGUUUAGUAAGGAGUUUAAGACUUGUGUUUGGUCAGAAUUGUUAGAUCUAGAUGAGUUUGACAUAUUAUGGACUGGUAUUGUUGAAAAAUAUGGUGUGGAAGAUCAUAAAUGGUUUAAGGACAUGUUUGUGAAUUGCUAUUAGACAUUUGUGAAUCCCAACCUACUUUAGAGAUGUUCCUAUGGGUUCUUUAAUGAGAACACCAUCUUUUUCAGAAUCUGAAAACAGAUUUUUUAAGAGGUACUCAAAACCGUUGUUUAAUUUUGCUGACUUCACUCUUCAGUAUAAUAAUGCCAUUGAUGCUCAAAGGAAUCAACCUAAAAGGCUUGACUAUUAUGAUUCUAUAAUCUCUCCAAAAUAUGCCACUAAUUUAGCAUUUGAGAAGCAAUUGGCAUCUGUAUACAUGGAUAGGAUGUUUAGAGUGGUACAAGAAUUGAUUUUUGAGGCUGAUAAGAGUUGUCGGAUGAUUAACAUGUCCACUUUGGAGAACAUCGAGGUCUUUAAAGUUUCUGAUGCUAGAAAGAAGACCAUCACAGUUACAUAUGAGAUAGAGAAUGAGUCAUUUGAUUGUGAGUGUAAACUAUUUGAAAGGUGUGGUUAUCUAUGCAACCACCUUUUCUUCGUCUUCAGAAACAAAGAUGUCAACAAUAUUCCAGAUAAGUAUGUUGGUAACCAGUGGCUGAAAAGUGAAUUAUUGAAGGCAGUUCAUGGUCUCACGAGUGAUGAAAGUGCGUCUGACAAAGGUUCUAACGAAGAUGACAAGCUACAGAUUGGUAACAGGUGUCAUGGACGUUACUUUGGUCUAUAUCAACGCGCUUUUAAGAAUAAAAAUCAUCUGAUUGCAUUGGAUAAUUUGCUUGCGGGUAUUGGUCCUCAAAUUUUUACUGAUGACACUACUGGAUCUUCAUCAGUUGAUACAAAUGAUUCCAUCAAGAACAUAUAUGGUAUUGCUGUACUAGAAGAAAUAACUGCACAUGCUCCAGAUGUGGUUAGUACAAAGUGAGGUGCAAGUGAUAAGAAAAGCAGGAUUAAGUCGAGCAUAGAGAAAGCAAUUGAAAAAACAAGUAAACUUCAUAGGCGUUGUGGAAAGUGUCAUAAAGUGACUGAUCAUAAUGCCAGGAGUUGUGGCAGAAAGUAGACAUAAUUGUUCUUUUUUAACAAACAGAGUUGUUUUUUAGUUUUAACAUAUGUUACAAGUUAUUGACAUUUUCUUAUUAGUUGUUGAUAUUUAAUUUUGCA